AUGGAAAUCGGAGAUCUUUCGCCGGAACAAGAACGGGCCGUAGACGAAUUCAUCCAUACUAUCAAUCGUAUGCAUAAAUCACAAAACAAACCGCCAAUAGCCAGGUCUUCUGCUUUCAAGUUUUUGGUGGCAAGGAAAUUUGAUGUUGCCAAAGCUGUUCUGUUACAUAAGCAGCAUGAAGAAACCAGACUGCGCGAGGGUCUGUUCGGGUUUAAUUGUGCUGUUGAACCAUUAAAAAGUGAAAUUAAAACUCAGAAAUUUACAAUUUUGCCAACAAGAGAUUCAACAGGUGCUGCUAUAGCUGUUUUUACAGCACGUUAUCAUGUGCCACAAUUUUCUUCUCAUCAAACUACUUUGCAGGGUAUUGUAUACCAACUGGAUAUAGCUCUUGAAAAUGUCAAGACUCAAAAAUGUGGGUUGGUAUUCAUUUACGACAUGUCUGAUUCCAAGUAUUCAAAUUUUGAUUAUGAUUUGAGUCAAAAAAUCUUAACUUUACUCAAAGGUGGUUAUCCGGCCAAACUGAAGAAAGUUCUGAUCGUCACAGCGCCGCUGUGGUUCAAAGCCCCGUUUAAAAUACUCAGGCUGUUCGUGAGAGAAAAGUUGAGGGAUCGUGUGUUCACGAUCACCUUGCCCCAGUUGCUCCAACAUAUACCCAGGGAAUCGCUGCCAAGGCAUUUGGGCGGUACGUUUGACGUCGAACACGAUAAAUGGUUGUCAUACUGCUUGAACUACAUGACGAACAGUGAUAAAUAUGGAAGUUCGGCUAUGUCCGACCACAUAUGCAAUUCGAACAGCGCGAAAAGGGACUCCGGGCCAGAGACCAAAACGAACAAUCUGUUGAAAGAGAACAACGUCGUGAACGAAGAAAGCGCCAUCGUCCAUGACAACUUGUUGUCGGGGUGGACAUGCAACACGACAAAUUCGAGAGAAGAGAUUUCUCCGAUGCCUCCGUCGUCGGUCAGUAGCGGGUUUUCGGACGACGACAGUUUGCGUUGCGAUUCUAGUCAAAGUUUAACUAUUAGUCAAUUUGUCGAAUACGUGUUGAAAAAGAAGAGGGCUGGUCUCAUCAGGGAAUACGAAGAGAUAAAGACCCGUUCUUCCGACGGUACAUUCACCGUUGCCAAGGCCCGACCCAAUCUGCUGAAGAACCGGUACACGGAUGUGCUUUGCUACGAUCACACCAGGGUGAUGUUGGCGGAGUCGGACAAAGACCCGAUGUCCGAUUACAUACACGCCAACUUCGUAGAUGGUUACAAACAGAAGAACGCGUUCAUCUCCACCCAGGGCCCGCUGCCGCAUACGUGCGCCGACUUUUGGCGCAUGGUCUGGGAACAGCAAGUGCUAGUCAUCGUCAUGACCACCAAGGUGUUCGAGUGUGGCAAGAUCAAAUGCGAACAGUACUGGCCACCUGACGAGACGUCCGACGACCAGACGUACCAAAACUACAAGGUGUCUACCACGUCGGUCAGUCAGUUCGACAACUACGCCGUCACGCGAUUGGAACUGACCAAUACUAACACCAACGAGGUCAGGCAAGUGUCUCAUUUCCGUUUCAACUCUUGGCCGGAUUUCGGCGUGCCACACAGCGCUGUCGCCAUGUUGGAUUUCCUCGGUAAGGUCCGGAAAUGUCAAUCGUCCAUGUUACAAGACCUUGGUGACAAAUGGGCCGGACACCAGCGGGGGCCUCCGAUAAUCGUCCACUGUUCGGCGGGCAUCGGACGAACAGGAACGUUCUGCACCCUGGACGUGUGCAUCAACCGCCUGGAAGAGACCAGCACCGUGGACAUCAAAGGUGCGGUGGAAAAGAUCCGAUCGCAGCGGGCCUAUUCCAUCCAAACGCCCGAGCAGUACGUGUUCUGCCAUUUGGCGUUGAUCGAAUACGCGUCGGCCAGAGGUUUCCUGUGCUCGCCGCCGGACCUCAGCGACCUGAAGCCCCUCGAAGAUUCGGACUAA